CCAGCAGCUGUCUGGAAGGGGAGGGGAGCCGUCUGCCUUCCGCUUCUGGGCUGGAUUGACACACAAUGAGGAGCAGAGGCUGGGGAGACGCUCCACAAACGCCGCUGUAAAUAAAUACAACAAUCACUGAGGCCAGAGAAACAUGGAGAACCAGUGCACAGUGCAGGUGAAACUGGGGUUGGGCCACAGAGCCCAGCUAAGGAAGAAGGCUUCACCCACGACUGGAUGGUGUUUGUCCGAGGGCCAAAGACCGGCGACAUCCAGCACUUUGUAGAGAAGGUUGUCUUCCGCCUGCACGAGAGCUUCCCCAAACCCAAGAGAGUAUGCAAGGAGCCUCCGUACAAAGUAGAGGAGUCGGGCUACGCAGGCUUCCUCAUGCCUAUUGAGGUUUACUUCAAGAACAAGGAGGAGCCAAAAAAGGUGUGUUUCAACUACGACCUAUUCCUCAACUUAGAAGGCAACCCACCAGUCAACCACCUGCGCUGUGAGAAGCUCACCUUCAACAACCCCACCAAAGAAUUCAGAAGAAAGCUGGAGGUGUGAGGCUGACACACUGAUUCACUGGACUCAUGUGUAUAUAUAUAUAUAGAUUUUUUCACUUCAAUAAAAGACGAGAAAUAUAUUUUCACCUCAAGGACUUUGCUUUCUUUGCUUAUUAUUUUUAAAUUUGUGGUUAAUUUUGUAAAAUAAUGUAAUUCCUUCACUUUCAAUCAAUGUCUGCUUUUGUAUGGAAAAAUAAAGACUUUUAACUCUGAA